CAAACUCUUCAUAAUUCCAUAUCAGAGAGAAAGCUAGCCAGUUCUAUCUAUCUAUCAACCAAGAACAUUAAUUAACCAUGAGGAUUUUCAAUUGGGUGAAUCGCAAGCUUCAUCAUAAAGACGGGCAACACGAAUACUGUCGUGGGAUCGGCAAGGAAGUGGUCAAGGAAAGGCGAGUUGAAUACGAAGGCAUUGACGUGGAGGCUGUCGAUGCUCUUUUGCUCAAUGGUUGGAGUACAGGAGGUAUCCUCACAAUUGGGACACUUGGGCUCAUGGUGUUGGGCGAUCAUGGUAGUGUCGAGUCCAAAGGAAGCGAAGAUUAUUACGAUGUUGAAGAAGAAGAAGAGGAGGAAACGUGUUUGGUUAACAAUAAUGGUGAUGUUGAUCUCUAUAGUAACAAUGAGGAGGAGGAGUAUGAAGAUGAGGAGGAAGAAGAGGAAGACUUAGAUGAUCAUUGCCUUAUCAUUAUGGAAACCAAGGAAGAAGAAACACAAAAGACAUCUAACUAUGAUCACAAGGGCCAUGAUUAUUAUGGUCCUCGUAAUAAGGAGAUGAUGGGAGCGCCGGCGACUAUGGAGGAGAAGAAAAAGGAGAGGACAACCCUAGCCGACCUAUUCUCAGCUGAAUAUUCCGAUGAUGAUGAUGUUGGCAAGACAAGGAAAUCGUCGGUAAAUAACAACAUCCGUAGGAUGUGGCCAACCACUGCUUAUCAUUUCAAAGCCAACUCUAAGAAACGCGAUCAGACUACAAACGGGACUACUACUGCGAGUAGUCUCUCAUUUGCAAAAAGGCUCAUUCCUCUCACCGGCAUUGACAAACAACCCGUCAAGAAAUUUCACAAGCUUAUGAGGAGGAUGCUGAAUAGAAAGAUCCAUCCAGAACUAGGAGGUAAAUUGGCUUCAAAAACCGACGAUUCAACUGAGGAAGCACAACCGUCGUACGAGGUUGCAAAUGCUGAAUCGAUCUCCCUUCUCCGAACUCGAGAUUAAUUAGGUACCUCCUAAUUAUUAAUAUUAUAAGUUGCUGCAAGAAGAUAAGGGAAGGGCACUAAACUUGAUCCAAACAAGACGCAUGCAGUUUAUUUGUUUUUGAUGAUAUUAAUGUUCCUUUCUCUCUGGAUUGGGUUGGUUGAUGACAGACAUGUUGAUACUGUUGUUUUUUAUUUCUGCUUGUACGGACCCCAUUACUUUUGUUUAAUUUCCUAGCAUGUGUGAUUUCAAUUGUUCUCCUUCUAAUCCAAUUCCAUAAUAUGUUCCUCU